CCUGAUAAUUGCCUAUAAAAGCUGAUGCGGAUCUAAGUAAAAUCGUUAUAAUCCCUGCUUUUCACUCCGACAAUUUUGUCAAGAUAAAGACACUACCAGCUUGAAAAGAACAAUCAGACAUGAAAAUUCAGUGGAUUUCGUUCAUGGCCGUGCUGUGUCUGAGUACUUUUGCCUUCGCUGCACCAGCCGUUGUAUCUCUAAAGAAGCGGGAGGCCGAUGCUCCAGCCAUUGUUUCUCUGAGGAAGAGGGAGGCUAAUGCUCCAGUCGUUGUUUCUCUGAAGAAGAGGGAGGCUGAUGCUCCAGCCGUUGUUUCUCUGAGGAAGAGGGAGGCUGAUGCUCCAGCCGUUGUUUCUCUGAAGAAGAGGGAGGCUGAUGCCCCAGCCGUUGUUUCUCUGAGGAAGAGGGAGGCUGAUGCUCCAGCCAUUGUUUCUCUGAGGAAGAGGGAGGCUGAUGCUCCAGCCGUUGUUUCUCUGAGGAAGAGAGAGGCAGAUGCUCCAGCCAUCGUUUCCCUGAAAAAGCGGGAGGCCGAUGCACCAGCCAUUGUUUCUCUGAGGAAGAGGGAGGCUGAUGCUCCAGCCAUUGUUUCUCUGAGGAAGAGGGAGGCUGAUGCUCCAGCCAUUGUAUCUCUGUAAAAGAGGAUAACGGAUUUACAAGCACUUGUGUGAUUGAAUAUGGAGGUUGAUGGACUACUAAAGGUGCUUCUGAAUAAGUUGACUAAUUUUCUUGCAGCUGUUUAACUGAUAAUGGUAGUUGAGUUGAAGUUGGUAUCAUAAAAAUAACUUAUAGCCAUGUAUCGAACAUGACUAUAUGGUGUGUUGUUUUAAAACGACACUGCUUACGAGGUGGGGAGGGGUUGAGUCACUAUUUAUUUUUAUAAUGGGGAUAAAAUGCUUUUAAUGAAACUUUAUAUAUUUGAAUUAUAAAGGAGUUAUAUCAGUUGUAUGUAUCAGGUAUUAAUAAGGUCUUGCAAAAUGUAUUUUCCCUUGUUUUAGAAAUGUACCAAAGAUGUAGAAUUAUGAAGGAUACAUGUAAAACUGUUGUUAGAACAGAUGAUUUGAACUAAAUGUCAUGUCGAAUAUAUUAAAAUAAUAAGACAAAAGUCGUGUUAGAUUUGAUUGACUUCGAGUAGUAUAUCUUAGGAAGAAGGGAUUUAUUUUCUGUCAGCUGUUGUAGGAAAACAGCUGUUCUUUUAAGAAAAAACAAAAAAACAUUACAUGCGUUUUAUGAACCUGUUCCAUGAUGAAACGUUACUUUUUUAUGAGCGGUUUUUCACCCAUUAUAACUGAAUUGUACAUUUGACUGGUAUAACAGUUAGUUGGAUGUAUUUGUUUUUCAAAAUAAAGAAAAUAGUUCUUUUCUUCAAUUGAAUUCAGUUUGUGAUUUUAAAUAAACCGAAAGGGAUAUUAUAAAAGAGAAAUCAAACAUUACACAAUAUCAUCUUAACAAUUUUUGAUAGAGAUAACUCUCGAUACCGAUAGUCAGCAAUGGUUUUCAAAAUAUCAAUUCUUUGACAAACAAAUAUAAGAUUUAAAAACUAACUGCAAUUUAAAGAAUUCUUCCUUCCCGUAAUAGUGAUUUUUUGUCUCUCCGCCUUACAUAGUAUCUGAGCUCUCAAUUAGCUAUUCUAAAAUCUUUUACGGUCUAGUCAUUUAUAAAAUAGAAGGAAGUUAUAAUAAUAAUGAUCAUUGGAAGUUUUUAUAUUUUUGUAACUAUUUGUAUUUUAACUUGAUAAAGUACAAAAUGAAACUUUUUUUUUAUUGUUUUGAAGUCUUUUUUCCCCAUGUUUUCAUAAGAUUCGGUCCAUAUGCAUUUUAAGAGAAACAUAUCUGAUAACAAGAAGUGUUCUCUUGAGUUUCUGGAUAUUUUGGGAAUCUGUAAUGUCAUUAUGAAUCAUGAAAACAAAUAGAUUAAUGUUAAAUAGAUAGUUUAGCGCUGUGAAAUCUUUGUGAGUUCUCGCACUGAAUCUAAAAGUACGAAAGCAAUAUCCUUCGGGGGUACAUUUCUGUAUUGGCGCUUCCCUCAUGUUACACACUAAAAGAACUGAAAGAGAAUUGUUAACACAAUAAAUUUGCAAAAUGC